AUGGAAGCACACAAGAGCUCAGUGGCGGUGUUGGCCGGAAGAGAAGGGCUGCCCAAUACAAUUCUCAUGGAAGAGGCACAGCGCCCUGCUGCACCACAUGUAACCAGCAGCGGAGAAGAGGCCCUAAAGGACAUUCUGUGCGGAUCAACGGCCGGAAUCGUUGGCAAGUACAUCGAGUACCCCUUCGACACGGUCAAGGUCCGUCUGCAGUCACAGCCAGACACAAUACCGCUCCGGUACUCUGGGCCGCUAGACUGCUUCAAGAAAUCACUACAGCACGAUGGGUUUCUGGGAAUAUAUAGAGGUAUUAGUGCGCCUCUGGUUGGGGCCGCGGUGGAAAGCAGCACUCUAUUCUUCAGCUAUCGUAUAGCAGGAGAUGCUCUGAAAGCGUCAGGUGUAUACCCAGAAUUAAAGAGACACCCUGAACGAGACCUGCCCUACUCAGGUAUGCUCUGGUGCGGUAUGGUCGCUGGAGCAAUCACUUCGUUGUUCCUUACUCCCAUUGAACUUGUCAAAUGCAAGAUGCAAGUUCCUGUAGAAAGUCCUGGCACCAUGGUUGCUACUCCAACAAUUCGAGGGGUCAUUGCCUCGAUCUAUCGCCACCAAGGCCUUUCUGGCUACUGGCACGGUCAGCUGGGAACCUUGAUUCGCGAAACAGGAGGCGGUGCGGCAUGGUUUGGUGGCUACGAGGGCAUGAAGAUCAUCUUCAAGAGAAUCAACGGAUCGACCAAAGACGAGGAUCUCCGUGUGUGGCAGCGCAUGGCCUCUGGUUCUGUUGCUGGUGGCGCAUACAACUUUAUGUUCUAUCCUGCCGACACAAUCAAGUCGCGAAUGCAGACAGAAGACGUCAAGUACCUGACGGGUGGAAAGUCGAGUUUCACCGCAGUAGGCAAGGCGCUAUGGAAACAACACGGCAUCAAGGGCAUGUAUCGUGGGUGUGGUAUCACAGUCGCAAGAUCGAUCCCCAGUUCUGCUUUCAUCUUCACUGUGUACGAGGAGUUGAAGAAGCGAUGGCCCAGCCGGGGGUCUGAGUAG